CCGGGCCGUGUUUCCCUGAGUCUGCGGAGUACACCGCUAUGAACCCCGUUAAUGCAACAACUCUGUACGUGUCCGCCAGCCGGGCCGUGCUGCAGUGUGACCCGAGGCAGCCUCACACCUUCUCAGACAUGUACACCCUACUGCCCUUCUUCCGACAGUCCCUCGCAUGCCUCGUCUGUGGUAAACUCCUCCAGGACCCUAUUUCCCCAACACACCCAGAGUGUCAGCAUUACGUCUGCUUGGGCUGUAAAGGCCAGAAGAUGCAGAUCAGGCCAUCGUGCAGCCGCUGUAAGGACUAUUCCUGCUUCCAGGAGAACAAACAGCUCUCUCUGCUAGUGCAGUGCUACAGGAAGCUCUGCCUCUAUGUAACUAAUUCGCCGUUGCUGCAGUCAAUCAGCAGCCAUGUAGGAGGCUCUCCGGAGAUUAUGGACUUGCUAGAGGAGGUGCUGAUGUCUCACGAAGAGGAGAUGGAGGCAGAUGACCCAAGCCUAGCACUAGAAGAUGUGAAUCCCUCUGCCCCAGAGUCCCGUACCCCCACAGAGGCGCCACCUGCUCCUGCAGAGCUCUCAGCUAUACCGCAAAGCUCCUCUUCUAACCCUCCCUGUUCCAAUGGACCGCAGGAAUGCAAUGGAGAAGUGCUGGAGGAACUGGAUCCCUCGUCUCCUGAGCUGGAAGUAUGUGAGUUGGUAGAGGAGCAGCCACAGGCAGGCCUGUCUGUGUCCAAUACUGGUUGUGGUGGUCUUGAACUGAGUCUGACCACUGGACCUUUAGCCCCAACUCCAGGCACUGUGUGCUCACUCAGGGAUGGGGAAUCUAGCAGCAGGGAGCUGGAGGAGGGGGAGGUGUUGCUUCUCAGUGUGGAGGAGGUGUUACAGACUUUAGAUCCCCUUCAACCUGGCCGAGAUUCUCCUCAUAUACAGCCAGAAAGAACUCACACACACAUAACAGACAGAACACAUGCUCAGAUGUACAUACAGCUAGACGCAGCCCACAACUACACACAGAAUCGAACAGACAGGACUAACACAGUUGUAGGCCAUGGUGCCCACAUAAACACAUCUUCCUUCGAUCCUCCUCCAACCUCAAAGCCCCCACCAGUCCGCCUUAAACGUAAACGAUCUCGUUCAGAGAGCGAUAGGGAAAAGGUAAAUCCCCUUCCUAUCGCCACCAUCCUGCAGGGCUCCUCCACUCAGCUACACACUCCAAACCCCUCUCAGACACUGCCCACACAACCACCCCCACCCUCCUUGACUGUACCAGCACACACAUACUCAUCCCUUCCAAACGGGGCGCCUCCCAAGCCCAGUCGCCCUGCGCCCAACCACAAUAAAGGUGCCAGGAAGCAUGUCGAUGGGGGCCCUAAGAAGCCCCAUGCGAAGGCCCGCAGCAGUGGAGGCUCCAAGACCAAGGACGGAAGCAAAGACCAGCGGUUGAUGUCAGGCUGCCUCAUGCCCCCAGCGCCUGUGCGGCCUCCUUAUAAGAAGCCAGUGGAGAAAAAGGGCUGCAAGUGUGGCAGGGCUACCCAAAAUCCAUCUGUGCUGACCUGCAGGGGGCAGCGCUGUCCCUGCUACUCAAACCGCAAGGCAUGCUUGGAUUGUAUCUGUCGAGGCUGCCAGAACUCAUACAUGGCCAACGGUGAGAAGAAGCUAGAGGCCUUCGCUGUGCCCGAGAAAGCCUUGGAACAGACGCGGCUCACGCUUGGCAUCAACCUCACCAGCAUCACGGCGGCCGCGGCGCUCCGCAACCCGGCGACCACCAGCAUCCGCGCAAACACCCUCCUCAAUGUCGCCACAGCUACGGGGACCCCUGUGACCACGGCCUUCCUGUCCCCCAGCCCCCCGCAAGAUCCCAACUACGAGGACAGCCUCGAGCUGCUGAUUGGAUGAGAGGCUGGGACUCCAAAAAAAAACAAUAAACAGACAGCUCGGUGCUGAUUGAAUGUGAUGGCUGAUCAUUGUGUCCGUCAGACAACCUGUGCCUCCCCCCCCUCCAGAUGGGGAGGCAGUCUAAGGCAGCUAUGGGUCUUGUCCUGUCCUGUAACCUGCUCUUCUUCUGUGUUGGAAAAUGCUGAGUAGUAAGACUAGCAUGGGUGUGCCAAAGCCUCCUGUAUUGUGCCUGUGUGCCGGUGUGUUCUGUUGCCUGCCUGUAGUUAAACACUUAUACUCGGUUCCAAGGCUGUUCUGUAUUCCAGAGGUGCUUUUUGUUAAUAGACCACAGACAUACUGUAAGAGGCAAUAGGAACCCAUCCCAGGUUUUGUGUUUGUUACUGUGUGCGCACAAUUAUAGAUUUGUGCAUACGUGUGAUUUUUUUUUUUUUUUUUUUUUGGAGCAUCAUAGUAACAAAGAAACGGCAUCACUAUAUCUCGGUCACCUGUCACAGCAUUUUCCAUGUUUGAGUAUUACUCCAUGUAUGUUUAAGAAAUGCAUAAUUGGUAUUAGGACGGCCCUUACUAACCCCUUAACCCUGUAUGUGUUCACACUUUAAUUGUGAAGUAUGACUAAUCUGUGGAGAAGUUCUGUCUCACGCAAGACUGUAUGCCUUUUCUAUGUCGUUAACUCUCUCAAUCCAAGUACUGUCGACUGAUAACAAAUUUGUCUUAAUGAACUUGACUGAUGCAGGCAUUUGUACUGUACAGGCAGCAAGAUAAUGUCAAAGCACUUGGCUGGCUCCACGGUUUCUCUGUGUGUGUGCGUAUAUGAGUGUGUGUGCGUGUGUGCGCGCUCGCCUGCUGAGAUUUACUGUAAUGUCAGUGGGGAGGCGGAUGGUGGGUUGUAAGCACUUAGACUGAUUGAUUGGCCAAAUUACAAGUAAAACCAUUCUUGGUUACCAUAGCAAUAGGAGCACCAACAAGGAGCCUCCCAGCUCUCGUGCGCACACGCAGUUGUUUACAGCAUUGCCAUGUAUUUAGGCUAUAACCGACUGUCCUCUAAAAUAUUACAAGGUAAUGUUUUUGAGCGUGGGAUUGUACAUGACCGUGUGCGUGUGUUUGGGUAAACUGAAGCCAUAGGUUGUCAUUAACAAAGACAAAAUAUCCUCUGUUGUGUGCAUUUCUUCCCCCGUUGUAGUGUCCCAGACUGAUUAGGAGACCAACUCAGAGACUAUUUUUGAUACCAAGCGUUCGAGAUUUGGUACCACUGUCUUUUUUUUUUUUUUUUUGUGUUGCCAUUGUGUGUGUGUUUUGGUUAAAGCACCUUGAAAAGCUCUCCUAUAAACUCAAGAGGCCGUGUAUCGUCUGUGUUCACGUUUACCGUCUCAGCUGUAACUACAACAUGUUUGUCAGUCCAGUCAUGGUGACCAAAAAAAACAAGAGACCUAAGGACAGAGAGAGAGAGAGAGAGAGAGAGGACUCGGCAGACCAAACAAAAACACCUUGGUUCUUUACUCGUAGACCAGAAAGUAGCAGGUGGAUCACAGUGAGAUCAGUAUAUAUGAUCUUAUCUUCCUGCGCGCGUGUGUAUGUUUAAAAAAAAUGUAUUUCUGUUGGGCAUUACUUGAACCCUGAUUAGUUUUUUGGUAUUGUUUUUUUGUUUUUUGUUUUUUUUAUGUAUAAACUCUUGUUUGAGGAGUGACUCUUAUUAUUGCUGAAACAUUCACUGCCAUAAUAUGGAAAACAUGUAAUACAACAUGAAUUAAAUGAUAGUUUUUUACUUUUUCA